ACGUUCCACGACGUCAACGCGGAAGUAAGAGAGAAUUAGCAUCCUGAAAUUUGUUUACAUGUGACAUGCAUUUGGUAAGUGUCGCAUGUUGUAUAGGCGUUUGAGAACCGUCUCCGUAGGCGCGCCUCUCAGAUCGACGCCCAUAGAAACGCAUUUUGUUUUGUUUUGCGAAUGUUGUUUAAAUGAGUUAGCUCAUAGACCGCCAUACGCCAGCUGACGACUGUUAGCUUGCCACAUAGCCUGAUCACCGUUGAUGCUGGAGCUCCCUGAAGAAUCGCAACAUGUUUCCCCGCAGCGCUGAACCGAGGGGGCGGGCAGCCUUCAGCCACGGCCUGUACCCGCCACCCUCUGUGCCCAAAUAUUACGAUUACAACCAUCAAAGCCGGGCAGAUGUCAACAGCUUCCCUAUCCCUGGACCUAUCCCUGGACCGAAAAGGCUGCCUCCAUAUGAGUGGAAACCCCCUCCAUCCACCUCUCCAGUUCCCCCUCCGCACAUGCCACCUAUGACCAAUGGCCGCAAGAGGCAGAACAUCGAAUACAGUCCUCAUGUUGUGAAGCGGCAACGCAUCGACUCCUCUCACCACACGCCUUCAAUUCGGGCGCCUCCACCUCCUCAUCAUCCUCCUCAUCCUCCUCUUCGUCCUGACCGAGCGGUGGCAGAGACCUCGAGACCACCUUCCGAUGGUAUUGAUCACACUUAUCCAAGUCCACACUUCCAUCACCACCCUGUCCCCACUGCCCCAGAAAGCUCCAACAGCCUUCAGGCCUACGCUAAGGAUAAGCUGAGCGUUCAGAUGUUGGAGCUGUUCGAGGCGUGCCAGCAACAGACUUCAGACUUGGAGCGGAAGGAGAUUUGCCGAACUCAGCUGCAACAAGACAUACAACGCCUCUUUGCGGCGGCGCGGCUUUAUUUGACCGGCUCGUCUAUGAAUGGGUUGGGUUGCCGGAGCAGCGAUGCUGAUCUGUGUCUGGUCAUCAAAGGGAAUAAAAGACCUGAUCCCAUUAGCACACUCUUUCAUCUCCAAAGAUUGUUCAGAUCACUCUCAUAUGUGGACAGGACUCAGCUGAUCAGAGCCAAAGUCCCCAUCCUCAGGUUCAGACAGAAAGGAAGCGACCUGGAGUUUGACCUGAAUAUUAACAACACGGUGGGCAUCAGGAACACAUUCCUUCUUAAGAGUUACGCCCAUGCCGAUCUCAGGAUAAGACCCAUGAUCCUUGUCGUCAAGAAAUGGGCACGGCACAAUCAAAUCAAUGAUGCCAGCAAGGGAACGCUGAGCAGCUACACGCUGGUGCUGAUGGUCCUGCACUACCUCCAGACUCUUCAUGAACCAGUCCUCCCUUCUCUGCAAAGGGACUACCCUGAGUGUUUUAGUCCCCUCAUGGACAUAGACAUGGUUCCAGAGGGACCCAAACACAUCCCUCCCUACAUCUCAAGAAACCGGUCUUCUCUGGGGGAGCUGUUUUUGGGCUUUCUCAGAUACUACGCCACAGAGUUCAGGUGGGAUAAACAGGUGAUCUCUGUUCGAGAGGCCAAAGCUUUGCCCAAGACCAAUUCUCUAGAGUGGAGAAACAAAUUCAUAUGUGUGGAAGAGCCAUUCGAAAGAAAUAACGUAGCGAGGGCGGUCCACGAGAAGAUCAAGUUCGACGCCAUUAAAGCUGAGUUUGCUAAGUCGUAUCGGAUAUUGCAGCAGAGGAAGGACCUGAACUCGAUCCUCCCAGUCAGAUCCAUCAUUAAUAAAGAGUCGUCCAGGAGAUAAGAGGUGGCUCCAAUGGCUUCUUCUACCUCAGUGUGGGCCUGUCACCAGGAACAAUGUGGGAUCUUUGGGGAUGCGCUAAAAGAGAAAGACUGUGGGACUGAAUGCUCCAACAUAUGUGGAGCGACACCAGAGUCCUAAACUCAGAUGUUGCACUGAAGCAGGAUAAUAAUGGCCACUGUUAUUGCUGCUACAUGGACCAUCCUUUUCCAGUCCACCUAGCAGUAUGUUUAUUUGAAAGGUACGAGGUGACACAAAAUGAUAUUAGUAACCUUGUCACGUGUAAAGUCAGUUAAAUGGAAGCAGCGUUUAUGUUUGAGAGAUUCAUCUCAGCCAUAUUUACCGCACCCACGCUGCCGGAGCCAUACAUGUACAGUUAUAUUUACCGCCUGUCCGGACCAACCUGUAAAAUCAAAGCCUUUUUUCUAUUUUUAUAGGUCAGUAGUGACUUUAAUGUGGGACACGUCGUUUCUACUGCAGCUGCGUUAAAUGGCAUCUUUAGGUUUCUAAGCUCCACUAAAAACAGACCACCUUUUUUUUUUUUUAUGAAGAGUUUAAAUUAGUCAUAAUUUAAGCGACUUUAAGGUUCCAGGCUCUGAAUAUUGCUUUAUCGUUCUAGCAGUAGUGCCACGUUCUUCCUCAUUGACUGGUGUCAUUUUAUGUCGGCGUCUGCCUGAUGGAUUGGGAUAAAAAACCGGGGUCAUCUCCUCACUUUUGCAUCACUUAGUGCAUAAGUUAUUUAAAGAAUUUACACUUUUGAGUAUGUGCUCUAUCUUUGCUUAAUAUUUUCUUCCAGAUAUUUUUGUGAAUUAUUGACUUUUAAAUGUUUAUUUAAAAAAAAAAGAAAAGAAUAAAUCUGAAGAUGUAUGAA